GAAAGAAGAAGAACUGUGAAAGUCUGAAAGUUGAUUAGUUCAUUGUAAUUGAAGUAGUGCUAAUCGUUCGAAUUCGCCUUUCUGCACUAAGUUGUUUCAGAUUGAUCAGUUCAUCAUGCUUUUUAAAUUCUACUGAAAAUACGGUUCCUCAAUUCUCUGCCACAAAUUUCCAAUAUGAAGAGUAUGAGUGAUGAUGAAGAUGACAUUGAGGCACUAAGACUAGCAGCUUUAGAGUCACUGAAACGGAACAAUGACACUAACUCUCAGCCUCAACAAGUGGGCAGCGGGCCUGCCUACUCUGAAAGCAACGCCUUUUCCAAUCAGAUCCAACCAGUAUACCAAUCGUUCCCAUCCAAUGAAAUGGGAUACCAAAAUGUUCCCCCACCUGAAGGCAUUCUCUAUCAGAAUAAUGUGCCAUACCCUCAAGAAGGUUUGAGCCGCAUUCCAUUACAUCCAGUUGAUAAUAGCCAAAUUGACUUUGGUUAUCCGGCGCCAGUCGAUGUUCCUCAAGGCUUCCAUCCUGAAGGUCCUCCGCCGAUGAUGGGCCCACCAUCAAAUCUUCCAUUUCCACGACCCCCAGGACCAGAUGGCAUGUUUUAUCCACCGCCACCUGGCCCUAUGUUUAAUGAAAUCGGUGGACCAUUGCGUCCUCGAGGAAGGCCCCCAAGAGGCAAAAGAGGAAAAAGGGGUUUCCCCUUUGGUCGGGGACAGAUGCACAUGCGGCCCCGUGCUCCACCUCCUCACGUGAGACCUCCAGCACCGAGUCCAACAGCUCACAACAACUUGAUCACUCUAACACAGUCACAAAACCUGAAAAAACUAGAUGCCUCAGCAGACGAGAAAGUUGAAGAAGCCACAAAGACAGGUCCUGAAAAACCAGUUAAGACAGUUACGGAUAAAGAUAAAUUAUACAAUUCUUUGGAUUUACCGCAGCAUAGAUACUGCAAAGUGACAGCCAACUCAAAAGAACCAGAACAAGAAAAGACUGAAGAAUCUUCAAAGUUCAGCCGCUAUGAAGUAGAGGACUCCGACUCCAGUGAAAGUUCUGAAGAUGAAGAUGCAGAAGAUGAAAAAGAGGAAGAAGAAGAUCCUGAUGUGUUAAAUUUACUAGAUGAUGAUGAGGAUGACCUAGAUAAGUUAAUGGAAAAAAUGGAAAAAGAAAUGAGUGGUGGAGAUGUCAAACCUAGUAAAGCUAAAUCAACCAAGACUCCUGUAAAGAAAACUAAGCAGAGCUCUAUAGUAAUAUACGAUACAAAUGACGGCAAGUCUUCAAAAACAAGUGAUUUAGAUGCAAAAGAGUCUAAGUCCAUUAACUCUAAUGAAGAAAUUAGAAUUGUAAAAUAUUGUGAUAAUCCGCAAGAGUCAGAACAAGAAUUGGCGAAAUUUGAGGAUGCCUCCAAUAUCAUCGUCAAUGAAGCCAAUUGUAAAAUAGAAACUAGUGAAAAUGUUUCCAAUUUAGUUGUAAGUAGCUCUAUUUCAAAUUCAGAUAGUCAUAGCACAACUAAUAUCGAUGCUAUAGAUAAUUCGAAAGAGAUUAGCUCUCAUCAGAGACCCAAAUCGCCAUCCGCUAGAAAAUUAUCACCUGCUCCUAGUAAAACAUCGUUACCCCCACCAAGAACUGAAUUCAGCCCACCACUCCAUAGGUCGCCACCCAGGGGGUCCAAACCAAUCUCUCCAAGUAGAGGAUCAGGUAUAGAACCAAUUUUACCCAGAUCCAGGCAAUACUCACCAAGAAGAUUCCGAAGCAGGUCACGCUCACCUCCCUACUAUCGCACAUCUCCAGUUCACUCGAGAAAGUCACCAAAUUUCUCUCCUCCGUCAAGGCGAUAUUCACGUUCUCCCUCGCCCAGAGGAUUCUUGGAUAGGCGUAGGCGGUCUCCCUCUCCUUUAUCUCCAACUUAUAGAGCUGGACCAACAGGGUCUCCACCUAGGUAUUCUAGGUACUUGAGUCCUGUGGGAAGUCGAGCCAAAUCACCUGGUAGAAGAUUGGGCUCGCCACCUAGAGGUCGUCGUUCCUCUUCCUUGUCACCUCGCAGGCAUCGCUCCCCGACCCCUUCCAGAUCACCACCCAGGAGACCACUCUCUCCUUUGCGCAGGCCAUCCCCUGUCAGAAGGCCACACUCCCCCAGUUGGCGACCCCUGUCUCCUAGCAGACGUUACCCAUCUCCUGGUAGGAGAUCGUAUUCUCCAUCUCGAAGAUUGUCCCCUGGUAGGAGGCCUUUGUCGCCAAAUAGACGAACAGGAUUGUCCAGAAGACCAUCAAGAUCACCUGACAGAAGAUUGCGUCGCCAUCCUGACUCGCCGCCUCGAAAAAUUGGCUCCCCAGGGUUAAGAUCUCCUCCCAGAAGACUUUCACCUGAUAGACGUUCUUUAUCUCCCAGGAGGUCAUUAUCACCCCGGAGAAGACCCUUAUCUCCUCAUAGACGACCUUUGUCUCCAGGAAGACGGCUUUCACCUUUGAGGAGGCCAGGAUCACCAUCCAGAAGGGCCUUUUCCCCGGUCAGGAGGCAUGGAUCACCGUCCAGAAGACCACUUUCUCCAGUAAGGCGACCAUUAAGUCCUAACAGGAGACCAUUGUCGCCUCUUCGGAAACCUUCAUCUCCUGGCAAGAAAUCAUUAUCACCUGUAAGGAGGCCAACCUCUCCACGAAAAUUUUCGCCGAGCAGGAGGUUGUCCCCAGAGCGGCGAUCACAGCAUCCUGGUAGGAGGCCAUUUUCACCGUCAUCAAGAGCAAUUUCACCGUUAAGAAGACAAUUAUCACCAACUAGAGGUCGUGGGUCACCUAGUAGAAGACCACUAUCUCCAGUGCGAAGACCAAGAUCACCUGUUGGAUCAAAAUCACCUGUUGAUGGAUUAUCUCCUAAUAAAAGAGCUAUUUCUCCUGGGAGAUCACCACGAAACAGCACAAAUUUUUCACCCACAAGGAGACAAGGUUCGCCAAGAUUGCAACGCUCUCAUCAUCGCCGAAAUUCGCCAAGAAGGUCGCCCAGCAACAGGUAUAAUCCUCAAAAGUCUUCAAGCCCCGGAUUUUCAUCUGAAAAAGCAACUUCAAAUUCACGUCAAAGAUCCAAAUCCCCUCGUUGGAAAAAAUCAGAGGUUGAUAAAAGGUCAACAUCACCCAAGCAAAAUAGGCACAGAUCUCCUCACGGACGGAAAUUAGACCAUAAAGUGCCUGCCUCUUCAACUAGUCGAUCUAGUCCUCCUAAGACUGAUGAAAAUACCAAUGCUAAAAGGAAAUUUGAUGCCCGAGAGAAAAUACUGGACCGUCGGAAACAAACUGAAACCAAGAGAAAAAAAUCACCUGUUGACAGCGAUUCCAAAGAGAGGUUAGCCCCUGCUGAGCAAUUAGAUCCUGUGUUGGAGGCACGGCGGCGAAAAUUUGAAAGCAAAGAUGUAGUCAAACCUGUCCCAAAGAAGAUAAAAUUAAACGCUCUUAGUUCCAGUCAAGAGAAUCUCUCUAUCAGUGAAGACAAUUCUAGGAAACCUCUCACCGCUCAAAAUCCACUGAGAGAAGAGUUACCAAAUUGCUCAGACGAGAGAGAAAUGAACCCUGCCUUUUUCCAAGAACAGGGUCCCCUUGCAGGUAUUCCCAUGAUGCAAGAGUUCCAAAGAAAAAGGUUACCCUCAUGGGCAGAGCCUCCAGAGCCCAACGAAUCUGAGGAGCUACCUGAGCUGCCUGUACGUAUUAAGCAAGAAAUUGAUAACAAUGCUGCUCUGACGAAUAUUAAUGACUUUACCCAACUCCAAAAUGAAUUUGCUCCCUCGUCGCGAGGUGAAGGCGUUGGAGAGAUGGAAGACUCAGCUUUAGUUAUCAAUUUUGAUCCAAUGGAAAUCAAUGAACCAGAGUUAUCGAGUGAUAAAGGAGGCAUCCAUAAAUUAUCGAUGAACAAAGUGAAUUCUUUUCCUCGUCAACCUAAUGAAUCAUCAGAUGCAGCAUCAAAACCCCUCAUCAAGUUGAAACCUCUCCUCGAGUUGCUCGACAAAAGUGUUGUGAAAAAAAUCUCGAAGGUGAAGAAAAAGGAGGAGAAAGAGGAAAGGAAAAAGAGGAAGAAGGACAAGAAACACAAAGUAAGGGACCGAGAAAGCGAUGAAGAGAUGGAUCUGAGGAAUGAACUGAAACGACGGAGAGCUGAACGAAUGAAUCAGGCUGGGUCAGUGAACGAAAGUCUGCCAUCACGUCUUGUUCAGUCAGCAUUUGAAAGUGUCGUAGGAAAGAAAAAAUCUAAAAUCAAAGAGGAGAAACCAAAGAAGCACAAGAGAUCAGUGAAAGAAGAAAAAAUUGGCAAAGAUAGGCGAAGAGUUCUUGUAAUCAGCAGUAGUGCGAAGCAUCACCCUCAAGGCGGUCUAUCACCUGUUUCUGAUGCCAAUGAAGAUGAUGAGCUCGAAGAUGAGAUGCCCUUCAGACGUGCGACAGAAGAAUCACUGAGAGAGGAACUUGUAAUGCGGAGAGGAGGCGGUUUAGGGAGUAGGACAAAGCGAAGUGUUAGUCGUAAACAGGUAGGAAUAGUCUUUAUCAUAGUGAUCAUGUCUUUUACAGUUGAACUCAUAUACAAGGUCAAAUGGAACUGGUUGUCUGUUGUAAAAGUGACGCAUUGUCUUUGCAUCUGCAGGAUUCUUCUUAUUCAUCUCAUUGAAAUUAUCUAUUUUAAUGGGGUUUUUUUAUCUUUCUUUGCCGCUUGGAAACAGCCAUUGAAAACUCAGUUUCAAAAUCGUCAAAUUUCGGUUUAGUUUCUUUAGUUCUGAGAAAUUUUAAGAGAGACCUUGGAUUUGUCUUUUUCUCCACAUACCUCAAAACAAGGUAAUGCUUUUUACAUACAAUGAGCAGGAAAGGGGUGAGAUCUUAAUGACCUAAGAAAUGGAAUGUUCUUCAGAGAUAAUAUGAGACCGGUCAAGAUUGUAUUGAUAGAGGUUUUUUUAAGGAUUUCCUACUGUGACUAAAUUUUUAGGCAAGUGUUUGAGGCUUUAAUUCACGAUGGGGAAAGUUAAUCUUAAAUGCGUUCAAUUGCUUGUGACAAUGAACAUACUUAAUAUGAUUUUCCGAAGUUCUUCAGGAUUUGGAAAAUGUUUAACCGAUUACCCUCUCUUCACCUUCAAGGCCAUAUUUUUCCAGGUUAUUUUUCUAUCUGAGCCAAAACUGUGAAGCGGGGUGUCUCUCUAGUUCCUGUCAGGCUUUGUGGAAAGGGUACUAAGUACUAUCAUUUAGUAAAUUUUUUACCCUACGACAUUUGAUGGAUGUAAGAAUCGUGAAUGAAUGCAUUUCAGGAUUUUUUUUGGGGGGAGGGAUAGGUAGGUAGGUAGGUCAAUUUCAUGUUAAACAAGAAAUUGCACAAAUGUCCAGGGGGAAUAUUUAUUACGCAAGUAGAUGUGCCUGAAAUCUAAGGAUAGGUUUACCUUUUUUUAGAGGCCUGAGAACCUUUAUCUGAGGUGAAGCAAGUGAGGUGAUGAGAGAAACAAAUUUAUGCUAAAACCAUUGAUUGUGACUUGAUCUAAUUUGACCCCAAGUUUUAGUUUUCAGCUCAGAUUCUGAAAUGUGGUUGGUGGAUGAAACCGUAUUCCCAUCUUCCUGCAAUUUUGAUGCAAAAUCUCUGAAUUACUCCUCUGUCAUCUCUAUAUCAACAGAAUACUUGUCGAAUAAUAUUUUGACAAAUGAUUCAGAACCUCGAAGAACAAUAGAAUAGUCAACCAAUUAAUUGAUGCUUUCUGAAUUUCAAGUUAUUGUUUCAACAAUCCCCAAUGAACACAUCAUGCUUUAGUAUGCGAGAUUUGCCGAAGAAACACCUCAGAUUAUCUACAAAAGUAUGUCUUGCAUGAACAUCCCAGAUCAUUUUGUCUUUUGAUUUGCAUUAUACUUUCAGAGCUAUUUCAUCAUGUUUCUCAGUCAUAUCUCGUGUACAAAUCCCUGUCCUCUAUCAGCAUCAUGUGAUUAUUAAGGAUUCUUGAAAAAAAAUCCAAAAAGCAGAUGGAACAGAAGAUGCUUGGUUGGGUUCCUCCUGUAAAGAGAUAAUUGGGACGCCUAGGAAAAAGGUGGUGGCAGAGAGUUUUAAAUGAAUUGAGGGAUUGUCAACUCCUUAAAGGGCUAUGGGAAGACAGGGUUUUGUGGCGGUUAAGCAUCGUAGAUUGCCAGAGAAUGCUGUUGAAGCAACUCAUGCAUAUGUGAAAAAGAUCUCCAAAAAUCCAGAAAUGAUCAAUUGAUUAGCGUACUAUUGAAUCGUUCCAAGAAGUGCUGUAAAACCAUGUACCUUAAUUAAAAUUCAGCAUUAAAACCAGGCACCAGAUCCUUGUGCAACCAAGCAGAAAUAUAUGAAAUGCUCGCAAAAAAAUAAAUUAUAUCUGUCAAAAGUUAUUCCGCAUCAAUUUGGAGUCAGAUCCUUAUCUUAAAAUGUGGUCAAGACAAAUUGUUUUCUAUAUUUUUGCACAAGCCUCUGAUUAAUUGACUACAGAGUGCUACAAAGGUCCUCAAAAAGUGCUGUACAUAUUCACACCUCUCGAAAAUUAGGUCAUUAGUUUUAGAUGAUGAAGUCACAGACUCAAUGCUCUGCUGGCAAUAAAAAAAUUUCCAACGUACUUAGGGACACUUAUAUCUUUUUUUAGGUAGAAUUUUGGGAAUAGUUUCCGACGCCCCUAUAACUGAUUGUGACAGUAAAGUGUCACAAUGAGUAAACUCAAAUAUUUCUGUUUGUUUUGUUUCUUUGUUUUCAAUUGACUAGAAAGUUGACUCUAAACUUAAGAAGUCUGAUUGUUUCUUGCAAAAUUGUUGACAAUAUUUUAAGCUGAAUUUUUACCAGCAACACUUUGGCUGGAAUCACAUUUUUGGUUGAGUGCCUUCAAUGCAACUAGGGUUCAAUUUUUCAAGAAAAAUAAAAUCUUGAAAUAUCAUGUGAAAUAUUUCAUGAAAUCUCAGAAACUUUUGAAAGAUAUUGAAAAAUGUUUUUUGAAAUCACCCGCAAAAAAGUAUGGUUUUUGCAUUAUGCUGUCUUUAAUACGUUUGCACAUCCAGCCCUUACAAAUAUUUUUCUUAGUUUUGUGAAAUUUCUUGAAACAUUUCAUGGAAAUUUCCAAUUUUUCAUCUCACUUGUGCAACCCUGAAUCUAUCAAAGAAUCUACUUUUUCUUGAUGAUUUUGAGGCAGUGACGAAUGCGCUGGUACAUACCACAAAUUCAUUUAAUUUUGAAACAUAUCUGCAUCUUGGCACACUGCUCGGUUUUUCUUACAUAUCCCAAUGUGUAUUCAACUGAAAACGUAAUGGUAUUUGAGAAUAACCGCUUUGUGGAAAAACUGGAUUGCAUGAAAAAAGAAAGGAUUUUUUUUUAAGUGAAAUUUUUACAAAACAGGCUGUGAAACUAGAAUAACAAGUGAUAUUCCAAGUCUGUACUUACACUCAUUAGAUGCACCUUCAGUAUAUUACCCUUGUUUUUACAGCGAAUUUAUUUACUGGAACAAACAUACUGUUGUUUCAAAUGCUCUCUUAAGAGUUGAACUUGAAAAGUAAUCGUAGUCAUGAUUGAGGAUAGCCUCUGUGCAAAUAGGUGCUACUUUGUAUUCUUCAUGAAUUUAUGGUUUUCCUUGCUUUAAUAGGUACUGUGUUCAUAAUAUUUAUUUCGUUCCUUUGUACUGUGAUACUAUUUUAUCUUUGUCUGUGAUGUACUCUUUGUUUUUUGUUUUUUUGUUUUUUUUUUGCACUUUUAUGAAACAGUGUAGCCUUAAUUUGAAAUUAUUGUUUAAUCACUGAAAAAUGUAAGCAAAACUAAUGUCUAAGCUACAAGUUGUAUUGUUCGUACCCAAUACUGAUUUUUUUUCGAAGAAUUGUGGAUGCUUGUAGAAAUUCGUCGAUUAUUCUUUCCUUUGAGAAUGCCUAUUAGCGGCAUUUGUAAGAUGAAAUGUUCAACGUCGGGCGAAGAAUUGUUUUUCUUUCAAAGGUUUCCCAAUGCAACGACAAGCUGAGUAUUUUCUGACUCGAAGAAAAACAAGUUUCUACUCCGUUUCUCCUUCUAUUGAACGUCUGAUGACUUCUUCAGAACCUAGUUUACUGAAGCAAUACCGGGAACGAGGAGCCAAAUUUUAUUACUGUCGGUCACUUCUACCCGUGCCUUAGAAAAAUUUGCUCGAAUUUCUCAAUAACUGUGAUCAAGAGCUUUCAAAUCAAUGAAUAUCUAUGCCUCUAUUACAAAUUACUUUAUUAUAAACUAAACCCAACUUUUAAAAACAAGUUGUGGCUGAUUUUAUUACUUGUCCAGGGUUCAUAACUUAGCCUAAGUUUUUGUGGUUUUUUAUUCCCUUUAUAUUAUCCUGAGGAUCAAAUUCAGCAGGAAGGAACCAACUCACUUUACCUGGUUUCAAAAUAUGACUCUUAAGUUCGAAUUUACAAGGAACCCAUUAGCAUGAAGAGGAUAAAAAAUUAUACCGUUACAUUUUAAAGGAUAUUAUUUUAGCACACAUAAAAUUGAAUUUUAUCCAUCCAUCCAAUUUUAUACCUCAUUUCUUUUAAAAAUUUGUUUGAGAACUAAUGCUGGUCCCACUCUGUUGAACUUAAUCGAUUUAGGCUCUGUCAUCCAGCCCUCCCCCCUACCCCAUCCCUGUCCCGACCACGUUGCUGAAACUUGAGUUUUGUUUUCUAUGUAAAGUUUUAUGGUGCACGCAAACAAGUUUCUGCGGUUUUGUUACACCUCCAUCUGCAAAUAAUACUUGAUAUGUUCAUGUUUUUGAACAAGAAUCCAGAGAAGAAUUUUUUUGCAAGAGAGGUCAAAAUUUAAAAACCUUAAGAUUUGGACAGGAAGCUAGUGCUCCUCAGUAUUGAUGGUAACAAAGCUGUCCAAACCAAGUCUUAUUGGUCAUCUCAGCGAACCUCCAUCCCCCAGCAAUAGCAGAUCACCCAACAACAAUGAAAAUUUAGACUUGUGAAGUUGCAUCACCAACUCGUAGAUAGACAUCAUUUUUCAAAAAGGAGUAAAGUGCAUGAACCUAUUUAGGUAUUGAAGCACUCAUCUUUUUAGGCAAAUCAAAAUUUCAUGUCUGAAAUAAUGCAAGAAGUUUGUUCUUUUUUUCGGAACGCAAUCUUGAUACUCCUUAGCCGUGAAGAUCUCAAAACCUCAUUUAUUAUAUAUAUACUAGCAUUUUGCUCUAAAGUAGGAUAAUUCUUUUCGUAAACCUCAAAAUGGGUAAUUUGUGUAAUUAAUUUGAUGGAAUUAAAGUUACUGUCGAAAAAAUAUGUAAUUUUUUUGCCCUUCCAAUAGAGCACCGAAUUUAGGAGGAAAAAAAGGAAAAAACCCAGUUAUCUUGAACAUUUACCACUCUUUCAGCAAACUGUGUGAUUUUGUUUUUGAUCCUCAGAAUUAUGUGUAAAAUAUUAAAGUUUAAGGAUUUAGCCCCUUUUAGUGUAUUUUCUUUGAAAAAUACACUUUUUUUAAAUUAGUAAUCUCUCCUUGAAUAUUUUUCCUGGAGAUGUAUACCUCAAUACAAUAAGGGCUCAUUGUUUUCUAAUACAUAUCAUCAUCUAUCAGACAAGAAUCGAGGGGCCUAAAAAUUGAGGGGCCUACUGGAAAAAGGCCUUAAACUCUCCUCAAAUUAUUCUCUUAAAUUUCCUCAAUAUUGCUUCAUGUUUGGCAAUAAUCUAUCAUUUAAGCUAGAGAAUGCUUUUCGUUAUGAAUGAAUGCUAAUUGGCUAAUGAAUGAACUAUCUGUCCGCUACCAAAAAAAAUCCGCUUACAUAUCUAUUUAUUGUUUUAAUAAGUUUGACAGGAUGACUGCACUAAGUGCAAUUGCUAGUAAGCUCUUAGAAAAAAAUUGACUUCCUCAUCAUGAAUUCAUACCGAAGUUCCUGCUGAUUUUGACCAGUAACCGUCAGUAUAAGCGCAAAUAUUGUGAAGAACCCCAAAAAACGAAAUCUCUCAUUUAUAUGAAAAAAAUUGUUUUCGAAAUUUAUUAUUUUCUUACCUACAUUUAAUGUUAAAGGCCUCCUUCCAGCGACUACCUCAGACUUAAACCCCGAGGAAUAACUAAUGAUCUCUUCAUUCAUUUAUUUAUGAAAUGUUUUAUUCAUUUUAAUCAACAAGACUGCCACUUCUCUGUCCACCAAUACCAGAACGAAAUGAUUUUUGUGUGAAAAAUGUUUUUAUUUCCUUUAUCUCCACAAAUUUAUUUUACCCCCCCCCCCCCAAUCUUAUUCCCUUUGUCUAUGAUUUUUUCAACUUUUCUUUUCAUUCAUUUAUUUAUUAUUUUUUUUGAUUAGUCUAAACCGUGCAAGGAAGAAAUAUUGUAAAAAUCACGCUUGUAAUUGUAUUAUUUGCUGAGAGUGAGAGAUGCAACCUCCAAUGCUCAUUAUUACCCUUAUUUUUUAUUUUUUUUCCUCUCCUAUUAUUAUCAUUAUUAAACAUAUUCCUCAUUCGUGAUGAAUGAAAGAAAAAUUGUGAAUCUUUCUGCGGCAGAUAGAAUUACGAGAAAGACGUUUGAAAUUUUCAUUCCAUAUCAGAUGAUUUGACGUAUCUUUAAAAUCAAGAUUUUGAGUUUGGAAUUUUGACCUGAGGGAAAGUGUUGAAUGAGGAUCUUGGACUUUCUCGCUACCCCUAAGACAACUCAGUCCCAAUUCAAUUAUUUUAAUUUAUCUAAAUGAUCUUGUAAUUGUACUUUCCCCAUUUUAGUGGCCUUUGAAGUAAUUUUUUACUAAGUCUACGCAAUCUUGUACCAAACAUUUAUCUAGUCGCCAAGCACCGUGUCUACAGGCCUGGAAAACUGGGAAUUGUCAGGGCAUUCCAUCAGGGUAAAAGAAAUUUGAGAAAAGCCAGGGAUUUUUAUGAAGGAGACUGGUAAUUUGAAAAAUGUUGAGAAAUGAAAUCUGGAAAGGAAAACAUUAGCACUGCCCACAUAGUCAAUCUGCGUUAGUCUGGUUGGGGGUUAAAAUCUCAAAGCUACACUUGCAGCUACAAGAACAUAGAGAAAUAAUUUCAAAUAAGGAAUUGCGAUUUAGUCAAUUAAAUGAGUAACAUCUGGAACAAGAAAAAAUCCUUUUUUUCUGUCACUUGCAACGAAACUAAUGCAAAAAAUAAUCGUUCAUUUCAGUUCUCUGCACGAUUUAUUAUAUUUGUGAAAAGUCAGGGAAGUUUGAUCAUUUUGAUCUGGGAAUCUGAAAAGACAGGAAAUUUUUCCUGCUGAGGCUGUAGACACCCUGCCAAAUACCUCAAAAGUUUCCCAUCCACUUCCUCUCACCCCCCCCCCCCCUGCUUGUCAUUAAUUUUUUUUAUGACAUAUUUAGUAUUCCUAUUUCAUCUUGUUGAUUUUUUUUUUGGAUAUUGUUAAUAUUUUUUCAAGGUUGUUAAGAAUAUCACUGUAAAAGUACAACAAGUGUACACUCGUGAUUUCCGACACUGUUGUAAAUAUUUCUUUGUUAUUAAUGUUUUCAGUCCAAUGCAAUUUUAUAAAUGUUGUGCGUUGUUUGUUAUAUCUAGGUUUAGCUCCAUGACUUCACCAUCAAACAUGCAAAUCUGCCAGUGCUUCCUCAACUUGUGACAUUAAUGCUGUUUAAAGUAAAUUAAUGUGCAAAUUAUCACUCAGAUUUGUGAAAAACCAGAGACAUUCACUCUAAUCGAUCCAGUGUGAACCUUGGAAUCUUCUGUCAAAAUAGGAAGAUUUAUUUCUUUAUCAAAGUGUAAUCAGAACUUUUGUUUUCAUAAUUUUCUUGAUACGUACUCAUUAUUAACUGUGAACUGUAUAAGCACUGUUUGUAUCAUUUUCCUUGGUUUAUAAAAUUCAUUGUGAUAUAGUUUUUAAUAUGUUGUGCUUUCUUUCUGUACUAAGUGAUGUUUAGAGCAUAUAUCAAUGCAUUUUUAUUUUUAUUUGUACUUCAAUCCAAUGGUGCAUGUUUGAUAUCAAUACCUAGGUACUUCUAAUGAAGUCAGAAUAAUCCUUGUAUCAUAGGUUACCGUGUACUCUUAAUUCCUGUCCUUAACAUGAUUUUAGAAUUUCCUCCUAUUCGAAUGGUGAAUCGCAGAAUCUUAUGAAUAGAAAGGUUUGCAUGGUCUAGUUUUGGUGUCAAGAUUUUGGUGUAGAAGUAAACAUAAUCGCCCUUUCUUGGCACAGGAUAUCUUCUACCUCUUCAGGGAGAAUGGAAAGCUAAUUUUGAUGUACAAAUCCUGACCUCACUAACUUAAUAAUGACAACAGCUCAGAUGUUAACUGUUGUUUCAUUAGCGGCAGAAGUUUUGAGACUGUGCUGAGUUGGACAAUGAGCAGUGCAGUAAGCAACAUAAUGAAAGGUGUGCUGAACUUUCCUGACUUGAAAGAGAGCAUUUAGCAUCUGGUUUAUAUAUAUUGGCCAAGCAUUUAAAUUUGUUCUAAGAUACACUGUGAUGUUUACUGUCCUGCCCAUUGUGGCUCUCAGUGCUCCGCCUUUACGCCCCACACAAAAGUAAAAAAUGAACCAUCCAUGACCCCUCCAAGUAUAUUGAUAAUGUCUCCAAUAAUGUUAGGGGUUUAACCUCAGCUAAACAUUAAAUUGAACCAAGUCAUCCCUACACCAAAAUCAGAGGUUUAUUGACACGGUUAAGCCAUCUUUAUUGUUUUUUUCCCUUUUAUUCUUUUUCUAAGUACUAUGUAGUUGUUCAUGUGAGCUUUUCUUCCAUUAUUGUGAGCCUCUUAUUUCAACUGUUUCUCUUAGUCGCUCUUUUGUUCUAACCUUCCAUCCAUUCAAUUAUUGAUGAUAGUUGAUCACCUGUAGGUAACUGUACCUAGCGUUUGGUUAUAAAGGGAAAGAGAUGUAUCUUCAGUCAAGCACAAAGUGAGAUUAGCCUUGGUUUUAUCAGGGAUCACCUCAGUAGAAAAUAAGAGGAGAGAGUUCAAAUCUAUAUUAGGAAAGAAGAGACCAGCACAAGCUGAAACUUUAACUUUUGAGGUCUUUUUGAAGAAAAUGUCUGAUUUUAGUGCUUUCUGUGCAUCUCAUUACUUUGAAGUGUACUAUAUAAUCAUUGAGAUCCUCUGUGACGCAAUUUGGGUUCAGUGUUUAGGGCAUUAGUCGAACCAAGAUGUAGACCAAAGCUGUAGUUGUCUGUUCUCACCUAAAAUGACUCUUGACUUUCCAAGACAGUUUUAAUACGGAAGAUCAGUAUACUAUAUUAGUUGAACCACAAUGUAGAAUCCUUCAUUUCUCCUCAAAGGAAUUAUUUUGAAGACAAAUACAAAGUCCUACCGAGAUAACUUUUUAACAGCCCUUGAUAGAGUCAGAUUAAUAUUUUAUUUAAAUCCUACCACUUUCAUUUGUGUGUUUAAUUCCUCUGCUGAAGGUUAUUGAUACGACCGUGUUAUUUUUCGACAUUCAUUUUCUCAUACCUAACCUGAAUACUUCUAUUUUUUUCACUUCAGAAAACUGUUUUUCCUUUUGUUCUAUGGUCAUGAGUUAAAUUUUGUAAAUUUAGCCAAUACUAGAAAUAUUUGAUAGGGAAAUGACUUGUUGAGAUGUCCCCGCUAAGAAUUUUUGUAUCAAUUCUUAGUAUCUAUGCCACUCCUAAAUGAAUGACUUCUAUUCUACUUCAGGUAUCAUUUUAAGAAGCUUUUGUUUCAGUCAUUUCAUAACUUCUCAUAAAUCCCAGUUUAAUAUCACUCUAUGCACUUAUCUGGCAUUAAUAAUUCGUUUAAAUAGAAUUUUAAUUUUGUCACUUUUGAACUUCAAUAAAUUUAUAUCAGCACCAGAUGUUAUCUCUCUUUUUUUCUAGUUGUACUUGCUGAUUUUAAAUUUUCUUUUAAAAAAUAAUCCAAGACUAUCUAACUGUCUCAUGACUGUUCCCUUAAAAAUUUUCUUUAAGAAUGCCAAAGUUCUUUUAAAAUAAUCUAUGAAUCAAACGUUUAAAAGUUCGAAUGAAAAUUCAAUUGCUAAAAAUAAUCAUAGUCUGGGCGGACGGAAAUAUUGCCGCAUUCUGGUAGGAGUGGUGUGGAUCUGAAAAAUUAUCAAAACCUGACAAAGAUUCUAGAGGCGAUUUUCAUCCCAAGAUGAUUUUUUUUUUUUUAAAAAAAAAAUGUCUUUGUCAUUUUAAAGUUGUGAAUAUGUAAAUGAUUGUGAUUAAAAAUAAAUUUGAAAUUAAUGUGUUGUUUUUCUUUCAUCUCAUUUGUACCUCAGUGUAAAUUUAAGUAUUUCGUCAGAAAAGCUGUAAAUAAAUGUUGAUUAGUUUUUGUACAGUAAGUUUUCUAUUUGUUUUAUUUUUUGUAAAUCCCUCUGUUUCUUUUAGUCUAUCAAAACUCGGAAAAAUAAUUGAAAAUACAAAUAAAAAAGAAUUAUUUUCAAA